UUUCACUCAGGAGCUCCAAUUUUUCCUCCGGCGGUUCAAACUGUAAUAUUUUAUUUUAUAUUUACACCUUUCACUUCGGUUUCUGCCUCAAAGUGUUUGUUUGUUUGUUUGUUUGUUUGUUUGUGGGCGGUGCGUCGCGCUCGGUCCGUCUCUCCUCCCUCGGUCCGUCGGAGCUGCUGCUUUUUCGUCGUCUCCGUUUGGGAGCAGCAGCACACUCCACCGCCCUGCUAUUUACACCAAGUCAAAAUGUCCGCCAGCAGCGGAACAUGACAGGAAGUGACGAGUCGACCGUGUGAACAUCAUGUCCCGCGCUGAGCAUCUGGUGCCGUUGCCUUCUUCCUCUGCAGUGGAUGUUUCACUGCUGCGGAUGCUCCUCCUCCUCCUCCUGAUUGUUCCACUACCCGGCCCAGUCAUGAUGACAUCGCCAGUCACUGUGGCCUUGUGGCGUCGUGGCAACAGAGUCUCCACCAUCAACGCCUGCCACCGGUUGGAGACAGGAGAUGGAGGACUGACGGUCCGCUGCACUGCACUUAGGCUGACCCAGGUACCUGUCGGCCUGUCUAACCGCACCACUCGCCUGUUUCUGAAUAAAAACCUGCUGACCUCUCUGGCAGCCAACACUUUCUCCAGUCUGUUCCUGCUCGAUGAGCUCGACCUGUCGCACAACCAGCUCUCCUCACUGGAAGCUGGUUGUUUCCGUGGGCUGGACUCUCUUUGCUUCCUGGACCUGUCGUUCAAUCGUCUGUCUAUGCUGGACCUGGCCGUGCUCGGCGGUCUACAAGUUGAGGCCAACCUCACACAUAACCUCUGGCACUGUGACUGCAGGAUGGAGCUGUCGAUGCCUCAGUUGGAUCUGGAUCCAACCUCUCUAGCUGAAGUCAUCUGUGCCACCUCUGAUCUCCCAAACCUUGGAGCUGUUGGGAUUCCAAUGGUUUUGCUGAUGGAGGACUGGGAUCUGUGUCUGUCUGUGAGGAAAACCACUGAUAUGGUGACACUGGUCACAAUGUUCCUCUGGCUCUUCAUGCUAAUCUGCUAUCUGGCCUACUACAUCCACCAGAACCAGGCAGUCUCAAGACGAAACUUGGAGUACCUCAAGUUACUGGAGAACAAGGAUCCUUAUAAACCCAAGAAGAUGACUCCUUAAGGACCUUUUUGAACUCCAGAACUUCUUCUAAAGGGCCAGCGUUCCCUACAAUUACAUCAAGGACCCUUUACGUUUUCCCUCAAAGACAUCUACAGUGGAGAAAAUAAGUAUUUGAUACACUGCUGAUUUUGCAAGUUUUCCCACCUACAGAGAAUGAAGAGGUCUGUAAUUUUUAACUUCAACUGUGAGAGACACAGAAAAUCACACUGUAUAAUUUUGAAAUAAUUAAUUUGCAUUUUAUUGCAUGAAAUAAGUAUUUGAUCACCUACCAACCAGCAAGAAUUCUGGCUCUCACGGACCUGUUUGUUUCUCUUUAAGAAGCCCUCCUAUUCUGCACUUAUUACCUGUAUUAAUUGCACCUGUUUGAACUCGUUACCUGUAUAAAAGCCACCUGUCCACACACUCAAUCCAUCACACUCCAACCUCUCCACCAUGCCCAAGACCAAAGAGCUGUCUAAGGACACCAGGGACAAAACUGUAGACCUGUAUGAGACUGCGAUGAGCUACAGGAUGAUAGGAAAGCAGCUUGGUGAGAAGGCAACAACUGUUGGUGCAAUUAUUAGAAAAUGGAAGAAACACAAGAUGACUGACAAUCUUCCUCGGUCUGAGGCUCCAUGCAAGAUCUCGCCUCGUGGGGUAAGGAUGAGUCUGAGAAAGGUCAGGAAUCAGCCCAGAACUACAUGAGGGGACCUGGUCAAUGACCUGCAGAGAGCUGGGACCACAGUCUCAAAGAUGACUGUUAGUAACACACCCUGUCAUCAUCAAUUAAAGCCGCAAGGUCCCCCUGCUCACGCCAGCAAAUGUCCAGGCCCGUUUGAAGAAUGCCAGUGACCAUCUGGAUGAUCCAGAGGAGGCAUGGGAGAUGUGGUCAGAUGAGACCAAAAUAGAGCUUUUUGGUGUCAACUCCACUCGCCGUGUUUGGAGGAAGAAGAAGGAUGAGUACAACCCUAAGAGCACUGAAGCAUGGUGCUGGGAACAUUAUACUUUGGGGGUGUGUUUCUGUAAAGGGGUGGGGCAGUGGGUUCUGAGAGAGGCAUCAGAGGGGACGGGCAGAACGCAGCUGCCCAGCAUGGGAUUGUGUUUGUGUUUUUGCAGCUGGCAGGAGGAAGGAGGACUGAGCUGAGCUGAGGUGGAGGCCUGCCACGCAUGUAAAAAUUAAAGAAGAGAACACAAUAAAAAGAGUAUUGUGACACGA